UUUCACUUUACAAAUCAGCCCUGGCGACCUCGUCUCCAGGCGGAGCGCCUCAAGCUCAUCUCCCCGUUCAAUUCCCUCUCCUCCUCGCUCGCCGGCGCCACCAUCGUCCCGCGCUUCGUCCAGGCGUACCACCUCGACUGCCCGCUCAACCGCCCCCUUCAGUCGUAUGUCCCGGCCACCAUCGAGAUCCGCGCCGCGUCCAACUCCUCCGCGUCGUCCGCCGCCGCCAUCGCGCAUCGCGUGCAGACCUUCAUCACCGCCAUGGACGCUGUCAACCUCAACAUGGUCGCAAAUGACCAGGUCCGCCCGCUGCUGCAGGACGUCGCCACUUCCAUGGCCAGGCACGGCCCCUUGCUCCCAUCCGACUUUUAUGCUCUCCAAAAUUGGUGUGUUCCAAGAAAUAUCUUCAUCCAGACGGUGUAAUUUGUGAACCCAAUUCGAUGGACAAUCACGUUGCCCAAUUGCAAUUCUCAACUGUCAAGGAUAUCCUGCAAAAGAAAAACCGGUAUU